GGAAUCAUGAUGUUUGCCUGCGUUCCCAUGCCAACUCUGCGAGCAAUGCUGUCCAAGAAUCUGCCUCCUCAGCAAUAUGGGCGAGUAUUUGGGCUGCUCCAGCUGGUUCUGGCUGUGACUGACCUCUUGUCUAAUGUCUUUUUCACCUCCAUUUAUCCACUAACUCUCGGCUGGUUCAGUGGCUUCUGCUUCAUCCUCUCCUGUGCCAUUAGUUACAUUAGUGCCAUCCCGAUCAUUUAUCUAAGUGGCAGAGAACAUGGAACCUGAGAACAUGAAAAUGUGUCUGUUGCAAUUCUUUUUGAGCCCCUAAUGAGAUA